AUGCAGCCCACGGCCACCAUGGCCACGGCCGCCGCCUCCACCACCUCCGCCACGGUUGCCCUGACCACGACGUGGGACAACGCCACGGAUCGCCCUACAGCAGAGCCCGGCCCAGUCCUGGACAGCUAUCUGCUGCUGAUGGUGGUGAUGGCGCUGUUUGUCGGGGGAGCCCUCGCGGUGCUGUCGGGUGCACUGCUGCUCUGCAGGCGCUGCUGGGAGGCGCACCGACGCCUCCACAGAGCCCCAGAGGAAGCAGAGAAGACCACCACCACCUACCUGGACAACGGUGCCCACCCUGCCCAAGACCCCGAGUUCAGGGGGGAGGAUCCGGAGGGUCAAGACACCGAGACCCAGCGCUUCUUGUCCACCAGCUCCACCGGCCGCCGAGUGUCCUUCAAUGAAGCAGCCCUGUUUGAGCAGAGUCGGAAGGCGCAGGACAAGGGCCGCCGGUACACCCUGACGGAGGGGGACUUCCACCACCUGAAGAAUGCCCGCCUCACCCACCUGCACCUGCCGCCCCUCAAGAUCGUCACCAUUCACGAAUGCGACUCUGGCGAGGCCAGUGCAACUGCCACACCACACCCCACGGUUGCCCCCAAAGCCAGCCUUGCCAUAUUCCAGCCCCCGGGGAAGGCCCUCACCGGCCGCUCCGUGGGCCCCAGCUCCGCCCUGCCAGGUGACCCCUACAACUCGGCCGUGGGCCCUGCCAACUUCGGGAUCAGCCCCUCGGCCUCCAGUGACUCCGGGGAAGGCAGCUCGCUGGACACUGGGGCCAGGAGCACCAAGCCUGGUGUGCAGGGGGCUGCAGCAGGGCUUGGGGAGGCGGGCCCUGGGCCAGGCCCCGUCCUGCAGUUCUUCACCCGCCUGAGGCGCCAUGCUAGCCUGGACGGGGCCAGCCCCUAUUUCAAGGUCAAGAAAUGGAAACUGGAGCCCAGCCAGCGGGCGUCCAGUCUGGACACAAGAGGCUCCCCCAAGCGACACCACUUCCAGCGGCAGCGGGCAGCCAGCGAGAGCAUGGAGCAGGAGGAAGGGGAUGCCCCCCACGUGGACUUCAUCCAGUACAUUGCCAGCGCGGGCGACACCAUGGUCUUCCCAAGCCCCCGUCCCUUUCUGGCCAGCCCCACCAGCCCGCCCCCCAGUCUCGGCAGGCUAGAGGCAGCCGAGGAGGUGAGCGCUGCAGGAGGAGCGAGCCCUGAGUCCCCCCUAGAGCGUGGCAUCAUCGCGGGGCCUGAACAGCUACAAGACUCAGAUGGAGAGCGAGACGCGGGGCUCGAGCAGGCCCCGACCAUCUACCGCGAUAUCUGGAGUUUGCGCGCCUCGCUCGAGCUGCACGCGGCUGCCUCUUCAGACCACAGCAGCAGCGGCAACGACCGUGACUCGGUGCGCAGUGGCGACAGCUCGGGCUCGGGCUCCGGGGGCGCCGCACCCGUCUUUCCACCGUCCUCGCCGCCACCCACACCCACGCCGCGGCCAGCGGAUGGAGAGACGGGCGGACCACGCAAGCUGCUGCAGAUGGACAGCGGCUAUGCCAGCAUCGAAGGCCGCGGCGUGGGGGAUGAUGGGCCCCUCAGCGCGCCCGAGAAGCGCUCCUCCUUUACGAGUGCAGGCCGCGAGGCCACUGUGGGCUGCAGCUUCGAGAGCCCCGCGCCAGAGACACCCGUCCGUCCCCGCAGCCCGCGUGCCUGGCCUCGCCGGGCCCCGCGCCGCGACUACAGCAUCGACGAGAAGACAGACGCGCUAUUCCAUGAGUUUCUACGCCACGACCCGCACUUCGACGACGCCCUGUCUGCCACAGCGCGCCAUAGGGCGCGCGCGCACCCGCACCCCCAUGCACGCAAGCAGUGGCAGCAGCGGGGCCGGCAGCACAGCGACCCUGGAGCACGCGCUGCGCCCUCCACCCCAUCCACGGCCCAAUCUGGUGCCCCCCGCCCCGCACGCGCACCCCUGCGCCGCGGAGACAGUGUCGACUGCCCACCCGACGGCAGAGCAGGCGACGACCCAGCCACGUCCUCCAUCCCCGUCAUCGAGGAGGAACCCGGUGGUGGAUGCCCGGGGUCCGGCCUGUGCGCUGGGACCCCGGGUGCGCUGCUGGACAAGCUGGCGGCCAGCCUCGACGACAGGCUCUUCCCGCCACGGCUGACCCAGUCAGUCGGCGUGGCCCCUGCGUUGGCCACGGCCGCGCCCACUUCCCCUGACCACAGCCCGGUCUAA